GCCGCAACUGCUUAUAACCAGGGUAGUUUAUCUUUAUAAUUACAAGUAUCCAUCAGUGUGUAAACUGUAACAUUGCAUUACAGUCAUACCUGUAUGAAAACAGUAUAAUCACCAUACAUAGCAUGUUUGAUGCCCUCUGUGAAACGCAGUAUCGACGACAGGGUAGAGUUGCCACGUGUCUGGUGCCAGUGUGUUCUGGACGCGGGAGGUGGUUACACCAAAUAUUAAUUCAACAAACGUGAGAUGCCAUUAGUGUUUACCUUACCUAUUAAUAUAACAUACCUUGAUAUCUAAUACAUGUAUGCAUAUCAAAUGAUAUGUAUGGAUACAGUCAACAUAUGUAUUUAGUUGUCGUUUAUGUUGAGCAGAGGAUCAUUUAAGCAUUACCACGCACAUAUUGUUUACUGUAUGUGUCUAACAUGGAUAUUGUCUUUUUCAGACUGCCAUUCCCUGUUAAUAUAACCAUAGUAAUUAUAUUCAUAUGAAACAUGUUAAUGACAACCUGCAGGAAACGUCUUAUAUAUUACAUGGCAACCAUUGUGGCAUGCAGGGCUACCACCUGUACACCUGAUCCUCUACCAUUUCCACACAACUGGCAAGUUAGCAACUCUGUACCCAAGUAGUAGGGUACAGACGUACCCGGAGUGCUGAGGGGACUGCAAACAACAGUUGACACAGUGACAGGCGACAAUGUUGUGGACGGCAGACAAGACGAAGGACGUGCUCUUCUGGGGCUGCGUCAGCUACGCCGUCGCCACUGUCAUUAACCUACUGGGCAUAGCUGGAUUCUGGUCGACCUUCACCAUUAUUUGGCCAGUGUGUGCUGGCAUCUACGUGGCCCAGGCCAGCCUGCAGGUGCUGCCGGCGGGAAAAGCCGUCCUGGUGACCGGUUGUGACAGCGGCUUCGGCCACGCCACCGCCCUCCAUCUGGAUAAGCUUGGUUUCAGGGUGUUUGCAGGGUGUCAGUUUGCUAAAGCCGGGGGUGAGGGAAGCCUCCGCCUCAAGAGGGAAGGGUCAGAGCGUCUCCAUGUCCUCCAGAUUGACCUGACGUCCAGCGAGGAGCUCACUCAGGCUUUUGAAGAAGUCAAGAGAAUAUUGCCUGAAGGAGAGAUGUUCUGGGGUCUGGUGAACAACGCAGGCAUCGCUCGGAAGGGCGCCGUGGAGUGGUCUCCCAUGGAGUACUACAGACAGGCCGCGGAGGUCAACUACUUCGGUACAAUCGCCAUCACCAAGCUCUUCUUACCGCUCAUCAGGCUGUCGAAAGGUCGACUGGUGAUCGUGACGAGUGUGAUAGGACGGUGUGGAGUGCCCAUCUGCUCCCCUUACGUGGGUACCAAGUUUGCUCUGGAGGGCUUCAGUGACUGUCUCAGGCUGGAGAUGAAGCAGUUUGGUGUAAAGGUGUGUGUGGUGGAACCCGGCAGCCAUGUUAUAGCUACAGAUGUCUUGACGAAGGAGAAGAUCCAGGGACUGAGAGACGGGUGCUGGGAGAAGAUGAGUGAUGAGAUACGAGCAGCCUACGGGGAGACCAACUUCAGGCAGAUGUACGCUGCCUUCGUCGACCACGGGGAGAGAGACCACGGUGGUGAACGCUAUGACGGAGGUACGUUCCCCCGAGCCAGGUACUGCUCAGGUAGCCGAACCUAUCAGCAGAUGCUUUUCGUCGGCGAGCACCUGCCAGAGUGGGUGUACGACUACCUGUACUCCAGUACGUGAUAGUGACAGGCUACUACUGGUGACUCCUCUACUACUGGUGACUCCUCUACUACUGGUGACUCCUCUACUACUGGUGACUCCUCUACUACUGGUGACUCCUCUACUACUGGUGACUCCUCUACUACUGGUGACUCCUCUACUACUGGUGACUCCUCUACUACUGGUGACUCUUCUACUACUGGUGACUCCUCUACUACUGGUGACUCCUCUACUACUGGUGACUCCUCUACUACUGGUGACUCCUCUACUACUGGUGACUCCUCUACUACUGGUGACUCCUCUACUACUGGUGACUCUUCUCUACUGGUGACUCCUCU